AUGGUCAUAGUGAAUAAGAUCCGUGACCUUGGGAGUGAAGACAUGACGGAUCAUGUGGUGGUGAAGCGCUUGCUCCGGGCAAUUUCACCAAGAAAUCCUACCUUGGUGACUUUGAUCCCGGAUUGCCCCAAGCUCGCUAAGAACAAGGAGGGCAAGGGCAAGACCAAGUAUUUCAAGAAAAGGCCCGGGAGAGCUCACAUUGGUGAAAAGUGGUUCUCAAGCGACAAUGAGAGUGACAAAGAGAAGAAGCCCAAGUCAAGCGACACCAAGAGCAAAGUCGUCGCUACCAUUGCCAUAUCGUCAUCAAGUACAGAGCGGCUCUUCUCCAACUUGAGCGACGACGAUGGUGAUCAUACGCCAUUGUGCCUCAUGGUGCAAGGGCGUAAGGAAAGGGAGUCAACUACUAAAGAGGACGCAAAAAUCAGCCCUGAGGACAGACAGUCCGAGCAGGCCGGACAGUCCUGCCUGAGUCCUCUGUUCAAUAGAGAAGGUAGGCCGGACGGUCCGAGAGUAUCAGCCAGACAGUCUAGUCCUACAGGCCGGACAGUCCGACCCCAGCUGAGCAGAAAGGUUGACUUUGAUCUCUCCUCAGUUCAUGAGGAUCCAACUCGAAUCAGGCUUAUCUAUGGCUCUCAUGUGAUCAUGAAGGACAACCGUGGACGUGUGGUUGCUAUCUUCAUUGGAUCAAGUCAAGAGAAGCGAAGGCCAAGCAUAUGGAUCCCAAAGGAGUUGAUCACUAUUGUUAAGGGACCCAAACUUAAACAAGUUUGGAAAUUUGCAAAGAGAGCACAAAAUGAGUUUGAAGUGAAGAUAAAAAGAGUUCGGAGUGAUAACGGAGGAGAAUUCAAGAAUACCCAAGUUGAAGAGUUUCUUGAUGAAGAGGGAAUCAAGCACGAGUUCUCCGCUCCAUAUGAUCCUCCUCAAAAUAGGAUUGUAGAGAGGAAGAACCGGACACUUAUUGAGAUGGCUCAGAUAAUGCUUGAUGAGUACAAGACUCCGGGUGUCUUUUGGGCCAAAGUCGUCAACACCGCGUGCCACUCCCUCAACCGUUUAUACCUCCACAAGCUUCUCAAGAAAACUGCAUAUGAACUUCUAAUCGGUAAAAAGCCAAGCGUAUCCUACUUUCGUGUCUUUGGUUGCAAAUGUUUCAUUCUUAGCAAAAGGCCUAAAUCAUCUAAGUUUGCAUCCAAAGUAGAUGAAGGUUUUCUAUUAGGAUAUGAGGCAAAUGCAUGUGCCUAUCGGGUCUUCAACAAAACUGCCGGUAUUGUUGAAGUCUCAAGGGAUGUGACGUUUGAUGAGACUAAUGGCUCUCAAGUAGAGCAAGUUGAAGUGAAUGAUGCGGGAAUUGGAAUUUCACGUGAGGAUAUAGACAACAAGGCUGUUGGUGAUGUAAGACCCCUUGAGGUUGAGGGGGAGCAAGAGCAAGAACGAGAUGUUCAACAAGAAUCCUCAACCGAAGAUGAUCCCGUACUAGUUGAUGAUGAUGGUGGCAAUAAAAACCUUGGGGAUGGGAUUGAUGUCGUGGGCGCAUGUGAGCAAGAAUCGGCUCUGGCCCCCACGGUGCACUAUUCUCGAAUUCAUCAAAUAGUACAAAGGGAUCACCCGGUGGACAACAUCAUUGGUGAUAUGAGGAAAGGGUUAUACCAAAUGGACAUCAAGAGCGCCUUUCUCAAUGGACCAAUCUCCGAAUUGGUAUAUGUGGAGCAACCGCCGGGCUUUGAAGAUCCAAAGCACCCCAACCACGUCUACAAGCUACACAAGGCUCUAUAUGGGCUCAAGCAAGCACCAAGGGCAUGGUAUGAGUGUCUUCGCGAUUUCCUAACCAAGAACGGUUUUGAAAUCGGGAAGGCCGACACUACUCUCUUCACCAAGAAAUUUAAGAAUGACUUGUUUGUAUGCAAAAUUUAUGUCGACGACAUAAUAUUUGGCUCAACUAAUGUUUCAUUUAGUGAAGAGUUCAGUAGGAUCAUGACCAAAAGGUUUGAGAUGUCCAUGAUGGGAGAAUUGAAGUUCUUCAUCGGCUUGCAAGUAAGGCAACUCAAGGAUGGCACGUUCAUUUCGCAAACAAAGUAUCUGAAAGAUGUCCUCAAAAAGUUUGACAUGGACGACGCCAAACCCAUCAAGAUGCCAAUGUCUAUAAAUGGACACCUCGACCAUGAUGUAAAUGGUAAGGAGAUAGAUACCAAGGUAUAUCACUCAAUCAUCGGCUCCCUCCUUUAUCUUUGCGCAUCUAGACCCGACAUAAUGCUUAGUGUAUGCAUGUGUGCUCGCUUUCAAGCUGCUCCAAAAGAAUGUCAUUUAGUGGCCGUUAAGAGAAUCUUGAGGUAUUUGGUUCACACUCCAAACCUAGGGCUUUGGUAUCCGAAAGGAUGCAAUUUUGAGCUAGUGGGCUACUCCGAAUCGGAUUAUGCCGGGUGUAAGGUUGAUAGAAAAAGUACCAUAGGGACUUGUCAAUUCCUUGGGCGGUCUCUAGUCUCAUGGUCAUCCAAGAAACAAAAUUCCAUAGUCUUAUCCACCGCCGAAGCCGAAUACAUAGCCGCCGGUGCAUGUUGUGCUCAACUCCUAUGGAUGAAACAAACUCUCCAAGAUUUUGGAUACACCAUGACUAGGAUCCCCCUCCUUUGUGACAAUGAGAGUGCUAUCAAAAUAGCCAACAACCCAGUCCAAAACUCAAGAACCAAACAUAUCGAU